UGCACUGAUGUGUUCCGACUGGAGGAGGGGGCGUGUACUGUCACUGGUUGAGCUUCUGUUACGUAAAGCCGCUUGAUGCUGUGACCACCAGGCAGACAGGAGCUUCAAGAUUUGCCCUUCCAGACCUAUUGAUCAAGCAGUGUUUCCAUAGGAAGGAUUUUAAAGCGCAAAGAUGGCGGCUUCCUUGCUGAGGAUAGGGCGACUUGGCUCUCUCAAGUGCGUGCAGGCGGAGAGCUCUUUGAGGAGAGCUCCUGCAGCUGUUGCCUUAUGCACGAAUGCUGGUGGUCCCAAGAAGCCCAAGAAGAGCAGUUCAGAGAAAAAGUCCCAGGGCAAAACAUACUUCGAUAUAGAGAAGCUUGUCCCACACAGAACAUAUGUGGAAUUUCCCAGGAAAGACGCGACACCAGCAGCUGCUGCCGCAGCAGAACUUGCUGCCACCCUCAAACCUUUUGAAGCAGUUGCCGCAGAGCCAAUUGUCGCCACCGCUGAAGCUGUAGCAGCUCCCGCUGCAGUCGAAGCCACACCAGUUGUAGAAACCGUUGCCCUCUCAGGUGAAGCAGUUGCUGAAGCCGCUGCACCGACUCCAGCCGCUGCUCUGGUAGCUGAAGCUGCCCCCAUUGUUGAAGCCAUUGCAGUUGAAGCCAUUGCAGCCGAAGCCACUCCCAUUGUUGCUGCUGAAGCUGCUCCCACUGUUGAAGACAUUACAGUUGAAGCCAUUGCAGCUGAAGCUGCCCCCGUUGUUGCUGCUGAAGCUGCCCCCGCUGUUGAAGCCAUUGCAGCCGAAGCCACUCCCGUUGUUGCUGCUGAAGCUGCCCCCGCUGUUGAAGCCAUUGCAGUUGAAGCCAUUGCAGUUGAAGCCAUUGCAGCUGAAGCUGCCCCCGUUGUUGCAGCUGAAGCCGUUGCAGUUGAAGCCACCCCUGCCUUUGAAGCUGCUGGUCCUGCUGCAGCUGAAGUUGCCACACCCGCUGUUGAAACUGCCACUGAAGACGCACCCGCUGUCGAAGCCGUUGCACCCGCUGAAGCCAUUGCACCAGCAGCUGAAGCCCCAGUAGAGGUCGCCCCUGCAGAAGCUGCCCCUGUUGAAGCUGCGGCUGAAGCCCAUGUUGAAGCCGUAGCAGAGGUUCCAGUAGAAGCUGACCCAGUUGAAGCUGCUGUAGAAGAUGCCCCCGUUGAAGCUGCGGCUGAAGCCCAUGUUGAAGCCGUAGCAGAGGCUCCAGUAGAAGCUGACCCAGUUGAAGCUGCUGCAGAAGAUGUGGCUGAAGCUGCCCCCGCUGAAGCUGCAGCCGAAGCCCCUGUUGUAGCUGAGCUUGUGGCUGAAGCUACUGCAGAGGUUGUAGCUGGAGCUGCCCACGUUGACGCUGCCACUGAGGAGCUGGUAGACACCUCCCCUGUAGUGGCGGAGGCUGCAGGAGAGGAGCUGAUUGCAGAGGCCCCGGCUGAUGCAGUACCGAUUGAGGCUUCUGAGGCUCAACUGGACCCCAUCCAGAAGCUAUUCCUGCAUUCGAUCCGCGAGUAUUCCUCAAAGAGCGCGGCUAGUGGUGGUUUGGUAGAUGCAGGCCCUGCAUAUGAGAAGAACUUGGCAGAAGAGCUGACUAAACUCCAGAGGCUGUAUGGCGGUGGUGACCUCACAGCUUUCCCAGAGUUCAAGUUCCCAGAGCCCAAGUUGGAGGAAGUUGCCCCCAAGUAAACAUCACCAGUCAACUUUUCUGUUGUCUUUUCCUGUCAAUCUGUUCUUUGAAGUGGACAUCUAGUAAUAAUUUACGUAGGCUACUAUAUCAAAUCAUGUUCAUUAAUUUUGUUUGUGGGGUAUACAGCUGUUUCCGAAUAUCUAGAAAUUCUCUAGCAAAUUAGUCUGUAUUAGACGUACGUGUUGGAGGACAAGCUGAUGCUGCGCUUUGAGCUGUGAAAUAUGCUUUUGCAUAGGAUGAAGAUCCAGAAAUGUUUAAGUUGGAUAAGGGAAAAAUAAACUGAUCCAUAUUGUUUUA